CAACUGUAACCAAUCGAUAGUACUGCAGUCAUUGUAUUGAUCUUCAACUCAAUAUUAGUUAAUCUGGAAUAUUUCUUUUAAACAACACAUUGAUACUUAUAAAUAGCUUCUUCAAUGACAUCGUUUAAACCUCCGACUUUCUUUUCAGGAAAUGUGUUGAAACCAGAUGAGGACAAUAGAGAUUACCAAAUCAUCACUCUUGCCAAUGGAUUACAAGCUGUUGUUAUUUCAGACCCUUCUACGGACAAGGCUGCUGCUGCUAUGGAUGUUCAUGUAGGACAUCUAUGCGAUCCUGAAGGUGUAGCUGGACUGGCUCAUUUCUGUGAACAUUUACUAUUUAUGGGCACUGAAAAAUAUCCGCAAGAAAACGAUUACUCUCAGUUUCUAUCUGAGCAUGGCGGACAAUCAAAUGCAUUCACCAGUGCUGAAAAUACCAACUAUCAUUUUGAGGUCUCUGCGUCUAAUCUGGAAGGUGCUCUUGACCGAUUUGCACAGUUUUUCAUCUGUCCACUUUUUUCUGAAUCGGGCACAGAUCGUGAACUCAAUGCUGUUGAUUCUGAACAUAAAAAGAACAUACAAGUUGAUACCUGGAGAAAUUACCAACUCCAGAAAGAUUUAUGUAAUCCAAAGCAUCCUUUUGUUAAAUUUGGGACAGGAAAUUUGGAAACACUCAAGGAUAUUCCCCUCAGUAAAGGAAUGAAUCUUCGAAAAGUGCUUUUGGAAUUUCAUGAUAAAUAUUACAGUGCAAAUAUUAUGAAACUGGCUGUCGUUGGAAAAGAACCCAUCGAGACGUUGGUGGAAUGGGUAGCUUCCAAAUUUUCGGAUGUCAAGAACAAAUCCAUUGAUGUACCAAUUUUUUCCAAUGAUGCACUUACUGCAGCCGAACUUCAAAAAGAAAUUCUUGUCAAGCCAGUCAAGGAGACUCGCACACUAACUUUAACCUUUCCCUGUGCUGACACAAGGAAACUUUACAAGUGCUCUCCAUCGCAAUACGCAUCCCAUCUAAUUGGCCAUGAAAGCAAUGGCUCAAUUCUGUCUCUCCUUAAGAAAAAAGGAUGGGCUCAUGGACUUACCGCUGGAAAUAGCGGUAUGGGCGCUCGAGGGUUUGAGUUUAUGAGAAUAAUUGUUGAACUGACUGAAACUGGGCUUGAAAACUACGAGGAUAUUAUUGAAAUCAUUUUCCAGUAUAUUGCUUUGAUCAAAAGCACUCCUAUUGAAGAGUGGAUAUUCCACGAAGCACAAGCCGUUACCUCCAUUGCCUUUAGAUUCAAAGAAAAGUCUUCUCCAUUUGCGUAUGCUAGCACUCUUGCCAAGAACCUUCAACUCUACGAGCCUCAAGAUGUCAUUUCUGGUAGCUACUUGUUGGAGUAUCUUGACCGCGAUGCAAUCAAGGCGGAUUUGAGUUUCUUGAAGCCAGAUUCAUUUAGAACUAUGAUUGUUUCACCAAAUUUUGACACUACUGGAUGGACUGAAGCCAAUUACUAUGGAACAAAGUAUUCUGUCAAGGACUUUACCGAGUCUCUCAAAAAGCGUCUUCUGAACAUCAAGUUGAACUCUGAGCUGAGUCUUCCAGAAAAAAACACCUUUAUUCCCGAAGACUUUACUGUUGAGAAAAAGAUUGUUGAAAACCCCAGCACCCAUCCUAUGAUUAUUAUGGAUUCGCCAAUUCUUCGCAUAUGGCACAAGCAAGAUGACACCUUUUUUGUUCCCAAGGCGAACAUCUUUUUUGGCAUUACUACACCACUUGCCUAUCAAGAUGCAAAAUCAUGUGUUCUCACAAGGCUAUUUACUGAUUUAUUCAAAGAUGAGCUCAAUGAAUUUUCAUACUAUGCAGAGGUUGCAGGGUUGCAAUAUCUUUUUGACAACACUGCUGGUGGCAUGACUCUUUCCAUCCAUGGAUAUAACGACAAGAUGCAUAUCCUGCUUGACAAAAUUGCUGGAAAACUCAAAGAAUUUGUUGUGGAUGAACAGCACUUUGAUCGUAUUAAAGACCAGGCAAGUCGUAUUAAGAUAAAUUUCGAUAGCGAGUCACCGCAUACACAUGCCAUUUACAGAAUUACUCAGAUAACCCAGCAAUUCAUGUUUUCCAAUGAACAAAAACUUGCAGCACUCGAGCCUCUUACAUCCGGAGAUGUGCAGGCAUUUUAUCCCAGUCUAUUUCAGAAAAUCCAUAUCCAGCAGCUGGCUCACGGCAACAUCACCAAGCAGCAUGCAAUUGAUAUUGGAAAAAUAUUAGUUGACCGAUUAGCGCCUACUGAACUGCCAGAAUCGCAGCGUUUUUGGAGCAUGCCAACUUAUAAAAUUCCUGAAGGAAAAUUGUUUAUUCAUACUCGCAACGUACCCAACGCCGAAAAUCUGAAUUCGGCAAUCGAGUAUAUUUUACAGAUUGGGUCGAUUACUGAUCAAAAAGUACGCAUUAUGCUAGGUUUGAUUUCUCAGAUUGGUCAAGAGCCAGCAUUCGAUCAACUUCGUACCAAAGAGCAACUAGGUUAUCUCGUAGGCACUGGCAUGCGUAAGCAAACUGGAAUGAUGUCGUAUCGUGUCGUUGUUCAAAGUGAGAGGGAUCCUGCUUAUUUAGAGCAUCGCAUUGAAGCAUUCUUGGCUAAAUUUGAGUCGAUCCUUACAGACAUGCAGCCAGAAGAUUUCAAGAAACACCGAACGGCUUUUACGACAAAAAUGCUAGAAAAGCUAAAGAAUAUUGGACAAGAAUCCAGCCGAUACUGGAGCCACAUCAACUCGCUUUACUACGACUUUGAGCAGAAUCUGCACGAUGCUGAACAAAUUCAGCAUGCAACUCAAGAACAAGUCAUUGAAUUUUUCAAGCGUUAUAUCUCGCCAAACUCGACUCUUCGACACAAACUUUCCAUCCAUAUGCGCAGCCAAAAAAACGGGCAGGAGACUGGACCAGAAGGCGAAGCUAUUUUGAAAGGAUCAAUUGUAUUGGACGAGAGCACCAACUUGGAUGCGUUUAAAACUGGAUUAGAGUUGACUGAUUAUGCCAAACCUAUCAAGCCUGUUGAAACAUGGCUUUCUGAAUAAAAUAACUGGCAUUUCCAGCUU